GGAAACUUUCGGUGAUGGAAUUAAUCGAAUGAUCCACCAGUCAGCGUGAACCCCCGGAACCUUUGGAUGCGAAACUUUGGGUUGGCAGGCACCUACAUUCCGCCUCGUAGGGCCCGUCUUCAUCAAUAAACCCUUCAAAAGCACGCAUCCCCUCGAGAUGAAUUUGCUUAUUCCGUGAUUUCUUUCUCGAGCCGAGCUGCAUGAACACGGCUUGUUAGUUCUAGUCCGACUAUUCCGAUUCCUAGGGUCGCCCAUUUCGCGCCCCUUCCAUCGUGCCCACAGCCUAGUCUAGUCCCGGCUGAUUUUAUUCUUAUUUUCUUUUUUUCUUUGGGUAUUUUACCUUAAUCUUCUUUGGGACGACGCUUAUUUGUCUCCCGCUCUUUAAUAUCUACUGCAUCUUUCCCCUCCCUCGACGGGAUCCGAUCACUUUCCCCUCUUCGUCCACGAUUCAACUGGAAAUUCGGUCACCGUCCCGACGACAUCAUCCUUCGGUCACGACUACGAUCCAUCUCAUCUUAUUCCCACCUGUGGACGACGCUUCCUUUCACCUUACCUCGUGCCAUCUACUCGCCAGGCUUAUCGCUAUCGUUCAACCAUCAUGCGGCUGCACCCGUGGUCGACCCUCGCCGUCUUCGGCGCGAUCGCAUCGUCGAUCCCCCUCUCAACCUCUCACGAACUCCACCUUCCUUACCUCCCGUCGCUCAGUCCCGAACACGAUUCUGAUGCCUACCUGGCUUUGAAAUGGACCGUGGCGAAUGGGUCCCUCUAUGCCAACAAUGAUCAGAUCUUCCCGCCCACGGUCUCGAUGCAAUUACAUGCGCCUCAAUACCGAGGUCAGGGCAACGCUCGUGUGGGCGACGAUCUCGAACUAUCGUACUCUCUGCAUGCCCGGCCACUCUCGUCCGAAGAAGCUGGACCGAGCUCCAAGAUUGUGCGCGUGCACGUCGAUCUAAUGAAUCUCCAGGGAGAAGCCGUCACUCCCAACGCCGUGGUAUUGGAUCUACUUGCCCAUCCCGACGGCAGCCAGCGAAUCACCCGAAUUCGAAUGGAACCCGGAAAGGGCCAUCGCGAGGGCCAUGAUCGACCUUGGCAUGUGAAGUUCUGGCAAACCCAAAUGGCCGGAAUCAUCAACAAACAAAAGGAGAAGAAGCCCGUCUCCUCUCCCAUCCGACCCUCUCAAAACUCCACCAAUGAGUCCACGCAAACAUUUUCCAGUGAUCCCGCCCAGACGGACGAUGAUACGGAAGUCACCCAGGUUGGAUUCAUCUUCUCUCCCUACGGGUCUCCCUCCGUCUACUCCCAUCGUGGCCACGGCCACGGUCACCGCCACUCCCAUCACCGUGACCGUACCUUUAUGCGCCUCGUCGGUCCAGUCAUUCUCCCCGCCGUCCUAGGUGCGGCCGCAGGUCUGGUUGCCUGCCUAGUAGGCUUCGUCAUCGGCCACUUGUGCAUGUCCCUGUCCGUCCGCCUCGGUCUCCACAAGAACAGGCAGCAACGACGGUCUAGUUCCGUCCACCUGGAAGACGGGACUCGGGGGGAGAAAUCUGUCCUGAUGGUUCCUGAGAUCUACGUGACAGAUUCCGAUCCGGAGGCCUAGUGAAUUCAUGGAACGAUAAUGGCAUUGGCGCGGCGCUAUUGGUUUGGGAAGUUUGGCUUGAUUCUUUUUUUUCUACGCGCAUUUUUAAAGCAACACUACCAUCCUUUCCUUUUUCGAAUUUCCUUUUCAUUACCUUUCCUUUUUUGACUUUUCCGAAUUUUUUUUAUGUAUCAAUAGAGUUUGGAAUGUUUAUACCCUGACAUGAGCAUUAUGCGCGCGAUCAAUUGAAUUCAAUUUUCCUUUUAUUUGCUUUCGGUUGUUCACCUCGGAAUUAUAUAUUUAUUCAUGACUCUCAC